GAUUAAAUAAUUCCCUUUUGUCAUUCUCAAAGUAUCGUGCGCAGGAGUAGCGCGUCGCGAUUUUUUCCUUAACAAAAACGAUUUUUCGAAAUCGUUUGGACUUUUGUGAUAGUUUUCGACGUAUUUAUAUCAUAAUGAAUCGGUUAGCGCUGGCGCUGCUGGUGCUGGUGGGUGGGUCAUGGGAGCAGAACACUCCGAUAUCGCCGUGUGCCAACGUGUUCAUGUACGAGCCGUCGAGCACGGAGCCAGGACGCUGGUACGGCGUGGUCAACCUCUCCACUGACAGCACGCUGCACUCGCUCUGGCUAAACAUUGUGCUGGACUCUAAGGCUGAUAUUCUUGGGAACUGGGUCGGUGACGUAACAACAACAGACAACAUCGAUUUCAAGAUCGAGAAUACGAAGAUGAAGAUACACCCGGGGCCUGCGCAGGCGGUGCGAUUCUUCGUCCAAUACAACCCGUUGAACAAGCCUCCGAAACUCCAGACAAUCAGACUUAACGGCAGAGAGAUCUGCAACGCCAAUAACAGACAACCGGCAGUAGACCGCCCAGAUACUUUAACGGAAAGACCGUCCAGAGAAACGGAAAGACCGGUUUCCCGCCCGGACUCUUCUAGUAGACCGCGGCCUGAGACCAGGCCUGAUGAAAGACCCGUUAUAAGACCCGAUGAUAGACCGGUGAUCAGGCCAGAAGACCGCCCGCAGACGAAACCGGUCUUCGGAAGACCAGUCCAGGGAGAAAGUCCUGUUUACGUACCAACUCAGAAUCCGCCUAUAGAACAGAGUAACGUGAACCCUUACAGCAUUAAUGGGCAAGGAUCUCACAAUGUGGCCAGCCAGACUGGCAGUGGCAGACCAGGUCACCAAGUAACCCCAUCCACCCCGAUCAGAACUACCACCGACAGAAUACGGGAUGAAGAUGACUUUGACGACAGCCGACCCUCAGACUACUUCACGGGUGAGCGGCCCACGUUCGUGGUGCCCAGCGUUGGGACUACCACCAACAACUACUACCCCAACAACAACAAUCCCAGCAGAGGACAGGGUGAAUGCGGCAAGGUGAUCAGGAACAACCCAAAUCCGCUGGUGGUGGGCGGUAAACCCACGCUGGAGGGCCAAUGGCCGUGGCAGAUCGCUCUCUACCAAACACAAACGGUAGACAACAAGUACAUCUGCGGCGGCACCCUGGUCUCCCACAAGCAGGUCAUCACGGCAGCCCACUGUAUAACCCGCAAGGGAUCCAACCGUGUAGUCAACAAGAACACUCUUACUGUUUACCUGGGUAAACAUAACCUCAGGACUUCUGUAGAGGGCGUGCAGAUCAGGCUGGUGGGCGAGAUCACAGUGCACCCGCAGUACAACGCGUCAGCAUUCAGCCGUGACGUGGGCAUCCUCACUCUUCGCGAGCCAGUCACCUACACGGACUUCGUGCGACCAGCCUGCCUCUGGCCAGAGAACCAGAUCGAUCUUAGCAAUGUCAUUGGGAAGAAGGGAUCGGUGGUGGGGUGGGGUUUCGACGACACGGGCGUGGCGACCGAGGAACUGACUCUGGUGGAGAUGCCCGUGGUAGACCAGGAGACCUGCAUCAGGUCGUACAGCGAGUUCUUCGCUAGAUUCACCUCCGAGUACACUUACUGCGCGGGAUAUAGAGACGGACUCCUCAAUAAACGAACCGGAACUAGAGAAAGUACUUCAGUCUGCAACGGCGACAGUGGCGGCGGUAUGGUGUUCAACCUCCAGAACACUUGGUACCUCCGUGGUCUGGUGUCCCUCUCCGUCGCCAGACAAAACGAGUAUCGCUGUGACCCAACCCACUAUGUCGUUUUCACUGACUUAGCCAAAUUCUUGCCUUGGAUUCAGCAGUAUGUCACCGACUAUUAAUUUGAUAUUUUUUAAGACCGGUCAGUUUUUAAGCAUUUUCGUAACGCAAGGUUGCAGCUACCGCGGCACGGUACACUGUAUCUACAUAGACGCCAUAUAUAUAGCAAGAUAGCAUAAUAAAUAUAUAAAGUGGACAGCAUACGCUGCACCUAUGUCUCGCGAUAUUUGCCGCGUCUACGCAAACAGCCAGCGCUAUGCCGCGGGGGCUGGAAAGGUUAGGUUAGGUAGGUUAAAAUAGCAGGGCCGUACGAAGUAUUUAUUGUACGGAGAGAGAUAGAUAAAAAGUGUAAUCCUGCGGAACCAACAUUACUUGUAGUUUACCUUAAUAAAAUAUUAUAACAUAAAAGUAAAAUAUGAAGAGUUUCAAAAAAUUGCAGCAAUUUUAACCGCAUUUAAAAAAAAUAGUUUUUAUAAUAAUAAAAAUAAGCGAUGUCCAUUUUCAUAAAGCAUAAUAUUCGAUGUCAAAGUUUGUGCUUCGAAUAAAUAUUUUAUGAACAUAAAACACGAUAAAUUUAGUUUUAGUAACGUUUUAGAUUUAGUAAAAAAUUGCCUAGUAGUAAAAGCAAGAAUACUGAUGGGAUUUUUAUCUUCAUGGAAUGUUGUACUUAUACUUAUACUUUAUUAGUUGUAUUUUAUUGCUCAAUUUUACAGAUUAUUCUCAAGAAUUUUAAUUUGAACAAGAGUAGGUGCCUUUUGUGAAAUAAGUAAGAAGAUUUAUACAUAAUUGCGUUUUGCUCUCUAUUUUAUGUACAAUGAGAUUAUGUAUUUAGUAAGUCGUGAAAGUAAAACAUGUUUUUUUAAAGAAUUGGAUAAAAGAACAUCAAUAAAGAUCAGUACUAAAUGUAACUUGACAAUUUACUACAGAAUACGCAACUAAAGAUGCAAGUUCAAGAUGUUUUCAUUACUCGAAAUAUAACUAAUGUUACAUAGAAAAUGUUAACGUUACAACACUAGGUUAUUUACUUUGACAGAUGUAGAUGAAGAUGUAUAUGAAUCGAACUAGUGAGAACAAAGGUAUUAUUGAAAUAUAAUCACUAAUUGUAUUGAAGUUGUCGCAUGCAAGUGUUGUUGUGAAACUACAACAACAACACACACGGCUAGUGUGUAGAGGAUAGUAAAAAAUACGGCGUAAUAAUAUAAAUAAUUUGUUGGAUGUUGCCAAAAGAACUGGUCGUUCUGUUUGAUACUAACUAGUAUUCAAUACACUUGAUACAGACGAUGCUUAGUGCAAUGUUUGACGACAUAAAAUCGGUUGCACUUUGAAGGCGCUUUCGUACGAACUCGACUCGUGCGUGCACGUACGAACACGCAACAAUUCCGAGUUCUAUGAGAGCGUGUAUUAUGGGUGCGAGUUGGUCAACCCACAAAUUGAGUUCGUACGAAAACGCGUCCAAAGUACCAAAUUAAGCGUAUUCUUUGAUAAAUUGUCAAGUUAAAUGAACUAUUUCCAUAAUUAUAUCCUAUUUUCGAAUGUCAAAUUGUACUUCAUAGACUGAUAAGUUUAAAUGUGUUUCUUUUUACUAAAAUGAAUGACAUUAAAUUUUUACCAAUAAAUAA